UAGCUUGGUUCAUACCGUGACCUCUCGAGACCGGAAAUGAAUGUGUAAUUCCCAUAAUUCAAAGCGACACUCGAUAACAACGAGGAAUGUAUACAAAAUGGCGGAAAACUUGGGAACAGAGUUUGGAAAGCUGAACCAUUGCUUUGACAAUGUGGAAAAAUAUUUCCGGGACAACUUUAAUUUAUAAAAGUUUUUAAAGCCAAGCUCUACCAAGAAUGACCAAUUAUGGAGAAAAGCUACACCGAUUGUAUCUCUAAUGGCCACUCUCUGUUUGCCUUGCACAAAUUUGAAUUUCACCAAGAGUAAACCGAACUUGCUAAAGUUUUCUUGAGAUUUUGUCUGGUUUUCACCUUCAAGUGAACUUCAGCUUGCUUUAAUGGACGGCUAGACAAGACUGCAUUUGAAUCUGUGGUAAAGGAAAUUGAUACARAAAGUAGGCGACGUAUCUUGACGACAUUUGCAUCGAAAAAACGGAACACCCGGCAAAAUUAUAUUUGAAACAAUUUGYUUGCAUUGAAGAAACAGUUGAGAAAGCUCUAAAGCGUUAAUUAAAGAAUUAUUGUCAAUUUGACAAAAGCUAGCACAAUUUAGCACUAAAGGAAGUUUKAAAAGUUGAAAAAAAAUUGUGCACUGUGUAUAAACUUUAAAUCCAAAAUGCCACGACCUGCUUACGACUAUUUAGAAUCAAAUGGACCAGAAGUAGAAGGAGAGGACGGUGAAGCAUCGGAGGUUGAUAUUUCUUCAAAAAGUUCUGGAAUUACAAGUUACAGUAUUAUAAAAUGGGUUGGAGGAAGAAAAAAGGUUCCUAUUGUAUCAUUUUCACCUCAAGUUUUACUUUUGGGUCUACAACCAGAAGAACGUCAAAUUGCAGAGAGAUAUCAUCUUGCAUACAAGUUUGUCAAAACUGAGUGUAAAUUGGUGAGGAGUAUCUUAAACUCACACUGUUUUAGAGAGGUCCAUCCAAAUAGCCCUAAUUUCAACCUGAUGUGGACUGGCUCACACUUGAAACCUCAUACUUUGAGAGGUAUGCAGGACUUUCAGAAGAUUAACCAUUUCCCAAGGUCAUAUGAAUUGACAAGAAAGGAUCGAUUAUACAAAAAUAUACAACGAAUGCAACACCAAAAAGGAUACAAGCAUUUUGAUUUCAUUCCUCAUAGUUACGUUUUACCAGAAGAGUACAAUGAGUUUUACUCUGCAUUUAUGAAAGACAAAGGUCCAUGGAUUGUAAAACCUGUUGCWUCUUCUAGAGGAAGAGGUAUCUACCUAAUAAACCAUCCAAGCCAAGUUCCGCUGGAUGAAAACCUUCUGAUAUGUAAAUACAUUGCCAACCCUCUUCUUAUAGAUGGGUUUAAAUUUGAUGUACGACUUUAUGUUGGAGUCACAUGCUAUGACCCUCUUAGGGUCUAUUUAUAUGAGGAGGGUUUAGCAAGAUUUGCAACUGUGAAAUAUGAUAAAAGUACCAGAAACAUUGGUAACACAUGCAUGCAUUUGACAAACUACAGUGUGAACAAGAAAAGUGAGAACUUUGUCAGCUGUCAAGAUCCUGAAGUAGAGGAUUACGGUAACAAGUGGAGUAUGAGCGCAAUGUUACGGUACUUGAAAGAAAAUAACAAAGACACGGCAGCUCUGAUGAUGAGAAUAGAAGAUGUAGUGAUCAAGACUAUUAUUGCUGGUGAACUACCCAUUGCGUCAGCUUGUAAAAUGUUCAUGCCACACCCUGGGAACUGCUUUGAAAUAUAUGGAUUUGAUAUUCUAAUUGAUGAGCGUCUCCGACCAUGGUUACUUGAAGUAAACCUUUCUCCAUCUUUGGCUUGCGAAGCACCGUUAGAUUUGAAGAUCAAGUCUCAUCUCAUCACAGAUAUGUUCAAUCUCAUUGGUUACGUCGCGCAUGACCCUACUGUYCGAAGACAACCAUACGGACGUCGUGUUCCUGACUAUCCACAGCGUUCAAAAUAUCAAAAACAGCGCACGAUGUCAGCCGGUCCRGUUCUYAAUGGUWCAUUACGAGGGACCUCGAAUACUAAGCGRAAAACAGACGAAGAUCUCACGCUAACUGCCGAAGAGGCGAGRAUYGUCCGACAAACUAACGAAGAAUAUGAAAGGCGUGGUGGUUUUGUUAGGAUAUUUCCUUCUUCUGAGUCAUGGGAACUUUAUGGGUCUUUGUUGGAACAUCGGACCACGCACAACCAGAUGCUUCACUCCAAACUGUACCCUGGAAAGAAAGCAAGUCUACAUCGUCCAACUACAGCAAGUUUGUCGUCUGCAACGGCAAGAGCAAGAACCUUGACUACGUACGGUUCUCAACAAAGCGUGGCCACUGCUCAUUCAGAGCCGUCCAUUGCAGGCCAAGAGGAACUAAGCAUUACAUGGCGUAUCUCUUGCUACGAAAGAAAGUUGGAUAGUUGGAGUCCUUCAAUUUUACAAGCAAAGAGUAAAGAAAGUCUUGACACCAGAGGCACAGCUUCUCCUGCCUCAUUUGAUGAAAUCCAAGUCAAGCAAUCGAAAUCAUCCGAAGAAAUAGUGAAACCGACCCUUGAUAAACAAGUAGAACAACAACUACGACAACAAUUUCAACAACAACAGGAGCAGCUUCAGCAACAACAACUACUGCAGCAACAACAACAACAACAACAACAGCAGCAGUUACAACAGCAAACCCAGCAAAAAGAGAGACCUAUGGUAGCUGCACCGACCAAAGAAGUACAACCAAAUCCUCCACGAAAGACACGACCUUUGUCUGCAACAGACUCCUCACGGUCAUCGCGAUCACAGGGAAACCAAGAAACAGUUUCUAAACGAGUUCUUUCAUCGCAACCUCGAUUUAAAGCUGUGCGUGUUGAUGACGURAUGGCAAAAUCUGGAUCUCUCACAAAACUCCAGGCACGACARGCUUUUGCUAUGUACCUACAACGCGUUCAGCAGCGACUCAUCCACGAAGCAAGUUAUGAUUCGGAUAAUUCAAGCGAGGUAUCAAAGCAAGAUGAACAAAUGACGUUAGUCAUACGAUUCUUGAAGAAAGCAGCCUGUAAUCUUCAGCAGCCAUUCAGAGUUGUGAUACCAAGUCGUAAACUGGCACUACAUGACAGGAGGCGAAUACUGGCUAAGCAGCUAGGUGAUUUUGUACACGUUUAUGGAAAGGAGACUUUCCAACUCCAAAAACGACUAGAAAUCACUCGUGCUUAUGGGUUGAACAAGAAGGAAGACGACGGCGAAAUACCUGAYGAUGAUUUUAAAACUUUCAUGGCAAUAGCAAGCGAGACGGAACUAGAAGAAUUGUUGACCAGAUACACUAAGCUAAACAAAAGUGCUAGCGUAUUUCUUGGCGGACCUCCUGAGAAACAGCGAGAAGAUGAGCGCAAAACACCUGCCAAUAAUAUYGAGACUGGUUUGAAUAGGAAGAAAGAGUCUGAAAGUACACUGCGCACUCACAUGAGAAGUUCUAGUGCUGCGCAGCUGGAUAGUAACUGGUCGAACCCCCGUGACAAUGACAUGGCUGAUAGACGUACCAAGUACAUAUCCGCCGUGAGUACUUAUGGUAAAUCAGUGGCUAUCAACAAACCUAAGCCACGACCUGCCUCGGCCAAACCUGCUACGUCUUCUUCCUCUGGUUUCGAUAAAACAGCUCGUGUAGCCAGGCCUGUUUCUGCAAAGAUAUCACGUGAUCGAGUUAGCGAAUUGGUUGAUUCCCGGGAAAUAGAAGAACGUCAAGCWGUCGCCAAUGAAGAAGCAGUAGCACUAGCUCUCCAAAAACUCGCAAAACGACAGUCKGCGAGGAAGUACUCCCCUCAAACAUUAACCUCAAAAACUUCAACCAAUUGGCGAGACAUCCUCAAGCAACUGUACUCUGAUGGAAAUCCAGAGGGACCCCCCAACGAUGGCUAUGUCUCUCUUGUCAAUCAAGAAUCACGAUCGCAUCAUGUGCGCARCMAUCCYAAAUCACAUGAUAGGAACGCAAGUGCAAAUGCYACGUUUAACUCAUUUGUUGACUUCGAUCCUGACGACUCUGACGUCACUUCAACUGGUGACGUAGAGACGGCUAUGCGUCAACAUGCGCAUCCAUCAACGUGGAGAUCGAUACGCGUAGAUAUUCCACGAGAACAUGAGGGUGUAGAUCAAGAAGAGAAAAGUGAACCAYUAGAGCUGAAAAARCCGAUUUCUCGCGACGACUACAACAGACAUAUACGACUACUAAGUCAGAAAYUCGCUUCAGAGAACUUUCCUUUUGAAAAUAUUACCCAAGUUUUGCCUCGACCUCCCCCAGGGCCCUCUCCYGGUAGAAAGCACRUUGGAGCCAAGCGCAUGGCYAGGUGGGUACCAUCUACUGACUCCUAUUGCUUCCCUAAACAUUAACUAUAGUUUUAUAUCUUAUUMCAGAGUUUCAUCGUCUGUGCAGUCUCAUGACGCUAGAACCCAGCCCUCUGGAGCUUAUCAAGUAGCAAAUGGUUAUACAUAGUAGAAGUUGACGUCCACUAUACAUUGGCUAAAUUUCGCAGUGUAGUGUUUUACCAUUUUUGUCAAUAUUUAUUGCAAAUUAACGGUCAAGAUGUUUUUUUAAAUAAUAACAUGAGAAAUUUGCACUUCCAUUUUGGCUUUGAUAUCUCUCAAUUACGAUAACAUGAUAAAUUCCACGUCUAUGUACAAAGGGCAUUACAUUUCUGUAAAAAGUGUUUUAAAAUAGUUUUUUAUAUUGUUCACUGAAUUAAAAUGGUACUAUACUUUA